AUGGUCGACUUUACAGUUAAAGAUGAUCUUGACAGCAACGCCUGGUAUCAAUUAACGGAGGAACGAGUGGACAAUUAUGACAGCGCAAGUUUCGGCUCUUCUCUCACCGUCGACACGGGAAAGGGUACGCUUUCUAUGCAGGCCGCAAACAAGAACUACUACCAGUUUCUCCCCGUCGACAACAAGAAAGGCCGCUAUGCCAUCCGUAACUCCAUGACCGGCAUCCGUAAGCAGCUCAGCGUCUGCUACGUGGAGGAUGAAAUCGCCGAUGGCAAGACCCAGCCCUGUUUCGUCACCAGCGACGGAUCCGACGAGCAGAAGUGGGAUAUCGCCGACUGGGGCAACAAAACAUAUUCAUUUUUAAAAAUACAAAAUGUGGCUAAUGGUACAGGGUACUGGUUAGAUUGCCACAAGGGAAACCCCCCUUUCAUGAGCAACCAGAUCGAUACAAACGUAUACCAACCAGCACAACGGUGGCUCUACCGCAGCCGCGAAGCAAUCAAUGAUGGCGGGUUCUCAACGACUUUCACAAAUCUCCCUACGUCUUCGACUUCGUCUUCAAGCCAAUCGGGAUCUACUACAACAACCGAGUCCGGAUCGUCCGCGGCUUCAGCAUCAGCAAGCACCACCGCUUCCUCCACCUCCACCUCCUCUCCCGACUCCUCCAACUCCGGCUCGUCCAACUCGGGAAUAUCAUCAGGCGCCGCUGCAGGAAUCGGAAUUGGCGUUGCUCUCGGUGUAAUCGGCAUCGCCCUCGCCGCGUUCUUCUUCUGGUGGCGCCGCCGCAACCAAGCUGGCGCCGCAGGAGGAUCAGCUACCGAACUCCCCGCGCACGGCAUCCCGCCUGCGUCCGACGGCACCUCGGAAUCACACUACCACAAGCCGAUGCAUAGCGCCACUGCCUGGUCGAUGGCAGAGAGCCAUAAAGACCACCAAUCGCCGUACGUGCCACAGACGAGUCCUGCACCUAGGUCCGCUGUGGCCGCUAGCGAGAUGUCGGGCGACAACACACGGCACGAGCUAGAAGGAGGGUACCAGAAUCCAUUUGGACGGUGA